CCUCCUCCGUUUCUCUCCACUCACAAAAUCCUCUCUUCCAUCACUACCGAUCAUCAGAUUAAUCAUGGCCUCCUUUCUUUCUUCACAUUCUCUUCUUCAACUUGUUCUGUUAAUCUCUAUUAUACAAUUCAGCUCAGCAGCAAGGACCUUCUCCGUGUCAGAUCAAAGCCAAGAUCCCUUGUUAUUUCAGUACCACAAUGGCCCUCUUCUUACCGGUGAAGUUUCUAUCAACUUGAUCUGGUAUGGCAAGUUUAAGCCAUCUCAGCGUGCCAUUGUCUCAGAUUUUAUUGCCUCUGUCUCUUCUAGAAGACCCACGACAGCCCAACCCUCUGUGGCCACGUGGUGGAAAGCUACUGAGAAAUAUUACAACCUUGUCAAGACGAAGAAAACCUCUCCUCUUCUCCUCUCCGUAGGAACACAGAUUUUAGACGAGAGCUAUUCAUUGGGGAAAUCGCUCUCCAGCAAGCAAAUCGUGCAGCUAGCAUCGAAGGGUGGUCAAAAGCGUGCAAUCAACGUUGUUUUGACAUCAUCCGAUGUUGCUGUUGAAGGGUUUUGCUCUAGUAAAUGUGGUACUCAUGGGUCCUCUUUGAGUGCUAAAAAAAUCAGCGGUAAGAGAUCGAAAUUUGCUUACAUCUGGGUUGGUAACUCUGAGACUCAAUGCCCCGGUCAAUGUGCGUGGCCAUUCCACCAGCCAAUCUAUGGACCACAGAACCCUCCAUUGGGUGCACCCAACAAUGAUGUGGGUCUUGAUGGUAUGGUAAUCAAUCUGGCUAGUCUUCUGGCUGGGACUGCAACAAACCCGUUUGAAAAUGGCUAUUUCCAGGGUCCAAAGGAGGCUCCUCUUGAGGCCGCAUCUGCUUGUCCUGGGGUCUAUGGUAAGGGUGCGUAUCCUGGUUAUGCUGGGGAUUUGUUAGUGGACUCUACAACUGGUGCUAGCUAUAAUGCUCAUGGUGUUAACGGAAGGAAAUACGUGCUUCCAGCUUUAUUUGACCCUUCAACUUCAACUUGUUCUACUUUAAUUUGAGAAGGGAUCACAUUAGUGUGUAUGAGAGUAGAGAGAUUAUUCUUUGAUUUAAUCAUUCUUUCAUUCAAUUACAAUGAAAUCAAAUUUUAAGCAUGUUUGAAUUAA